AUGCCAACGACAGCCGCCAGGACACUAUCGUUGUUCAUCAAAGGGGGGGCCGGAGUAGAGAGGCUCGGAGGCUGGAUUCACAUCUUCCAGUCUGGCCUUUACGCCAGCCUGACAUACGAUUCCGGCCUUUCGCCAGCCUUGUUGGCACGCGCCCGCUCUUUAUCCAACGAGCAUUCUACCCUGUCGGCGCAUUUGGCGGAGGCCUUCGAUGCGAAAGUUGCAAAGCGAGUCGGUGAACUUGCACCAAUUGCAAACACCCUGAAAGAAUGGGAUCAUGCAAAUAAUUCCAUGUCAGAGUUGCAGUCCUUGCUUAAUGACCCCGAUACCGAUGCUGAGCUGAGGUCGCUAGCGGUGGAGGAUUUGGAGAGCAGCAAAGUUACACUGCCUACUAUAACGGAUAAUUUGAAAAAGGCCCUUAUCCCUCGCCACCCCUUCGCAGACCUCCCGUGCUUGCUUGAAAUACGUCCCGGAGCCGGGGGAGAUGAGGCGGGCCUUUUCGCUUUUGAGGUAUUGAGGAUGUAUAUCGCCUUCUGCUCACGUCAUGGUUUUCGUUAUAGCAUCUUAAAGCAGGAAGUCGCAGACGGCCCCUCCGAGGAUCGUCUGAGCGAAGCGGUACUGGAAGUCGACGCAGAUGGGGCUUAUGACAUUUUGAGAACUGAGUCGGGCGUACACAGAGUACAGAGGGUUCCAGCUACGGAGGCAAAGGGCCGCACACAUACCAGCGCAGUUAGCGUGAUGAUCCUCCCGAGUUUCCCGGAAUCUGGAAGCGGCCUGGAUAGUUCACUCAAUUUCGAGGAUCCGAACAGUGACUAUUAUGUUGAUCCUCAAGAGGUUCGAACAGAGAAGAUGCGAGCCAGUGGCGCGGGUGGUCAGCAUGUAAACAAGACAGAAUCAGCCAUUCGGUUGACCCAUGUACCAACGGGUAUUGUUGUAUCGAUGCAAGACUCACGGUCUCAACAUGCCAAUCGAAAGAAGGCAUGGCAAGUCUUACGGGCGAGAUUGGCUGAAGCAAGACGGGAAGCCCGGGAACAGGAAUUAGUUGAGCUAAGGCGAGGGGCGAUGGGGGGUGUGGCUCGGAUGGGACGUGGUGACAAAAUCCGAACUUAUAACUACGGUCAAAAUCGCUGCACAGAUCAUCGCAGCGGCAUCACCAUACACAACCUGGAUGGUGUUCUUGACGGCGGCGUGGGUCUAGAAACCGUAAUGGAUAGCGUACGGACAUGGCUGGUCGACCGCGAGAUAGCAGCCAUGGCUGUUGAAGAAUCGGUCAAGGACAAGGGAGGACUGCCAGCUCAACAGCGAUAG